UAUUACAGACCACACACUGCCUUACAUGGGCAACUUCUUUGGGGCUGGAAUUUGCUCCUCUGACGUCACUGCCUGUUCCUCUCCCAGAUUUUGGAAAAAAAGUUGUUUCACUUUAAGUGGGAUCUGAAACCCAGAUUUCAUAGAAAGCGAGGUUUCAGUGUGUGUCUAAUCAGACCUUGUCCAGAAGAGAAACUACUGGAUUGUUUCUGAAGAACUGAGCUAUUGAAGUCAUUCAUCUUUAGAGGCUAGUUCGCUCUGUAAGCCCGUGGCUUGUUACAGCUUGUCCUCUGACAGGAAUAAUUAAGUUAGUUGCCUGUGACUCAUCGCUGUCCAUCAAAGAAAAGUCCUAAUCAUGUGGAGUGACCAAAACAAUGGAAGCCAGCACGGUCAUGUGACCGCCAGAAUGGAGACCAGUUUGCCAAUGGGAACUCCGAGCAUCUCGGUAUCACAGCACCAGUCUCCGAAAAAGUUUGCUCCUGUUGUGGCACCGAAACCCAAGUUCAACCCGUACAAGUCUCCAGGGGACACUACACACGACAUUGCAGGUGAUUACCCUCCACCCCCUCCACCUAUAGUGGACACCAGCGGUUUGUCAUCUCCUCCGUCCUUCCCUCCGCCUCCACAGAUGGACGAGAGCUCCUAUGGAUUUCAGAUCAAAGGACCACAGAAGACCCUGGAGGAGAGACGCUCCAGCCUGGAUGCUGAGAUUGACUCUCUGACCAGUAUCCUGGCCGAUCUGGAGAGCAGCUCACCCUAUAAGAGCCGCACGCCUCAGAAUUCUGCCACCCUACCGGUGACAAGCCCCAACGCUCCUGUUACAGGCUACAAACGCAUGGUGAUCCCCACCCAACCACCUCUGACUGCGACCAAGAAAUCCACUCCCAAGCCUCAGGCACCUCCAUCUGCUGCUCCAGCCUCCUCUCCAUCUCCUUCCUCACGGCCUCAGCAGCCAGUUCCUGCUUCCUACAGCACGGCCUCUACCCCCAGCCAGCCCACGUUCAGUGUACAGGCUCGAGCAGCUCAACCUGGCCCUCAGCAGCAGCAGCAGCAGCCUGGCCGAGCCACAUAUGCGCAAGGGCAGUAUAUACACGCCCAACCUCGAGGCCCUGACUUUGCCUAUGGUCCUCCACAGCCAACUUUCUCCCCAGCUGGAGGGUACCAUGAGCCACACUAUGGAGCUCCAGCCCCAGGAGGCCAGAACACUUGGAGAGCUGAGCCAAGCCAUCAUGCUGUACUCCCACACAAUCAGAGCUAUCAGCCUCCUGCCCCAAAGAAGACCUACAUCACCGAUCCUCCUCCCAGCAUGGCACCUUAUGGAGCAGGAGCCAUGGGAGCUCAGAAGGCUCCAGGUCAGUCCAUGGCUCACCCUGAGGAAGAGUUGGACAAACUGACCAAGAAGAUGCUAUUCGACAUGAACCACCCACCAUCAGAGGAGUACUUUGGCCGCUGUGCAAGCUGUGGGGAGAACGUUGUUGGUGAAGGCACUGGUUGCACUGCCAUGGAUCAGGUCUUCCAUGUGGACUGUUUCGUGUGCAUGACCUGCAACUGCAAGCUGAGAGGCAAACCCUUCUACGCUGUGGACAAGAAGGCUUACUGUGAGCCGUGCUACAUUAACACCUUGGAGACCUGUAAUAUCUGCAGUAAACCCAUCAUGGAGCGGAUUCUGCGGGCGACGGGUAAAGCUUACCACCCGCACUGCUUUACCUGUGUGGUGUGUCACAGGAGCCUGGACGGCAUUCCGUUCACCGUGGACGCCUCCAACCACAUCCACUGCAUCGAGGACUUCCACAAGAAGUUUGCCCCUCGUUGCUCUGUGUGUAAAGAGCCCAUAAUGCCUGCUCCUGGCCAGGAGGAGACGGUCCGCAUCGUGGCCCUGGACCGAGAUUUCCAUGUGCAGUGUUACCGCUGUGAGGACUGUGGCUGUCUGCUCUCUGAGGGUGAUAAUCAAGGCUGUUACCCAUUGGAUGGUCAUGUUCUCUGCAAGAACUGCAACACCAGCCGCAUCCAGGCCCUGACUGCCAAGGCCACCACCGACCUCUGAGUCUAUUCUGUUCACACACACACACACACACACACACACACACACACACACACACACACACACACACACACACACACACACACACACACACACACUCCUAACUCAUCUGAUAGAAUAUGGCUGCAUUUAGAAAUAUCCUCACGCUUACAACUUGUACAAGCACACACAUACACACACAUACACACACGCGCUGUUCAUAACGAUCACAUUGUACACGUUUGUUGCAGUCAGGCAAAAAAAAAAAAUUUUUAUCUUUGCUUCUUGUAUGUAUGCUAAUAAAAAACAAACAUUUAAUAAUUGAUUGAAACUUUAAAGGUACCAUGACUAAUGAGUAGAACAAUUCAGAAGAACCUCAGAAAGGAUUACAUAAGGAUAGGUAUGAUGACAAAUUGUACUUGCAUCUCUUGCUUUAUUGUUUAUUGACUAUCUUCCAUAUGGCCAGUGGUCAAAGAGCAAAAUGUGUCAGGGACCAAUGCGUAGCAAAUAACAUUUUGUUCACAGAUAUUCCUACAGAUUCGAGUCAUCUGUGUCCCCUGACAGAGUUAUUACAGCCAGGAGUCUGUCUAAACAUCCAGCUCAGUCAGUCCAUCAUGAGCUUUAACAUUAUUCUGUAUCCUAAUCUUAUAUCUGCCUGUGCUUUCGAAGUGAAAACAGCACCAUGAUCCACUUAUUCCUUAGGAUUUUAUGACAUAGUAGCCUUGCUUUCAUCAGUCAGCAUUGAUAUUAUACUCACAGUGUACGUAUGUAUUCAUUUGAUUCACAAUAACAUGAUACACAUGGUGAUGGGACCACACAUGUAUGUAUCGACACGCACAUACACAAACACACACACACACACACACACCUAGACAAAAAAAUGCUCUUAUUUCUUCUUAUGGCCUUAUAAAAUAUAUUAAAGGGCUUUUGGGGGUUGUUAUUUGGGUGAAUAAUAUGCAAACAGAGUUUAAACAUGUACAAGAUAUUAAAGCUCUAGUUCCAGGUGUAUAGAUGUGGUGAAGAUGAAUAGCAGGUACACAGAUAUCAGUGCAUGUCGAGGGAAAUACAUCAAUCAAAUAAACACAAAUAGGAUUUGACAAAUAGGCAUUUCUUAAAAAUCAGUUAAACAAAAUAAUGGAUUCAAACAACUCUCACUGGAGCGACGUUUACAUUCUUUGACGAAGUGUGUAUAUAAUUACAUACUUAUGCAGUUCGUAGAGAGGUUUAUUAUAUGGAAUAGGACUGUGAACCCAAACAUAUAUAACCAAAGUGUACUGCUGCUUCCUCCUAGUAUUCAGUAUACUGCUUUCCACAUAGCACAAUUAUUCUAUUUAUAUGCAUAUCAUGAACAAUAACGUGUUUAAUGCAACAGUUGUAUUAAUACAGAUUCUGAGAAACCUCUGAGUAAAUGAGAAACUUACGACGGUAUCGAGUGAAAAAUCUGAGAAACCUAAGGCAGUAUAAAGUGCCUUAAAUAUUUUUUGGUUAGUACAGUCCACAGAAAGAGAAACACUGUGAUGAAAUCAGUUAUGGUGUGACAAUCAAACCCAGAGGUUAAAAUGGUAUUAAAAAGAAUUCAAUCCUAGAAGAUUAUAACCAGAGUAGUUUAAAAACAAUAAAAUAUUUUUUUGUAGGCUCUUAUAAACCAUACUAUGAGCAUUCAAUCUAAUAUUGUCAACUUAUGAAAUGUAGUAUUAGACUUAAAUAGCAAAGAAAGUAUUAUAAUGAUUAGGCUAAAAAAUUGUAUUAAUAGGAUUUAAUUCUUAGCUUUAUAAAAGAAUAACAAUAUGCAAUUUCCUUUUUUAUUAUUGCAUUGACACUUUAUCUAUAAUAAUAUGCAGAACUUUUUUUUUUUUUUUUUUUUUUUUACUCUUCAGGAAAUAUUUGAAUUGUGAGUAAGCAAUAAGUUUUCAACACCACACCUCUUCCUCCUGUGUGCUGUUUCUGGUCAGUUUCAUCAUCCUGCUCUUAAGGUGUUACAACACAGAGAGGUGGUUAUUCUUUAGGUAGCAAAGGCACACGUGUUCUCUGUUUUCUGUUCUUGUGCGCUUUUGUUCAAUUUGUAGUACUGCUUUUACUGUUUCUUUAUUUUUUUUAACUGUUUUGCUUUAUUAGUGAGGAACAAACAAGGGAUUUUAAUGAUGUAAAAACAUUAAAAGUGGAAUUGAACACGAGGAAUAAAAUGUACCGUGUUGCUCAGGGUGGCCUCAGAUAGAUUUGUUUGGCCUCAGUCAGGUAUUUUCUAGAUCGGACCAUAAAUUUACCAGAGCUUAAAUGUUCCUGAAUUUUCUUACGUUUUUAAGACCUAUUAGUGUAUUUGGGGUUAUUCCUGACUUUUAGGAAGGAUAUAACAGGAGAAAUGAAAUUUGUUAUUAUGAAAUCUUCGACAAGUUGAUCAAUUAGCAAUCUUCAUCUAUGUUUUAUGUCAAUUUUUGAAUUUGUACUUAUUCCCUCACUGUCUCUGUAUUAGUUCUUCUAGCCUUAAUAAACUUUUUUUCCCGCAAAAGA